AUGCAGUACGAGCCUCUCGACAAGACAAAGAACGAGAUUCGUGUUCUCGAGUUUCUUGAUCUUUCCAGUCCAGUCUCAACUGAAGACAUCAUCCAAUGCUCUAUCAGGAACGUAUCACUACCGAGCUCUUUUGACUCCCAAAUGUAUCAGGAAGACCAACAAGACCAACAAGACCGGGAAUUUCCGACAGCGUGGGAUAAAUUCACCAAGUCCGUAGAUCUGCGAGACUCAACCCUCGAGCAAAGGACACUUGAUGCGGCCACGCAUGCUCGCUUGCAUCGGAGUCUCCCUCAAUGCAGCGACUCUCGUUACAACUGGGGAGAUUUUGAGGCACUGUCAUACACAUGGGGUAAUACAGGCGACACAAAGACUAUCCAAAUAAAUGAUGUUCGUAAAGACGUCCCACGCAAUCUCGAAGAAGCCUUGAGAGCGUUACGAGGUCUGGAAGAGACCCUUUCUGGUAUGCGCUACUGGAUAGAUGCAUUGUGCAUCGACCAGGACAAUAUCGAAGAGCGGAAUGAACAGGUCAAGCGCAUGAAAGAGAUAUACGGUCGAGCUAGAGCUGUGAUAGUCUGGCUGGGUCGAGAGGAGGAAAUGGAUAGUAUCACAGUUCAGAGAAUGCACAGUCUUCUUGUGGGAGAGACUAUAAAGCCGGUUCAAUCCGAAUGGCCCGCCCUUGCCGCUUUUGUACAAAAGCCAUAUUGGAGCCGGUGCUGGAUCAUGCAGGAGCUCGCAAUGAACCACAAUUCGACUCUUUUUUUGUGCGGGGAGUUUAAGCUGACGAGGAGAAUCAUAUUCAAUGGCGUCCCGUGGAAUUUAAUUAGAUACCGUCCCCUUGAGGAUAGCGACGAUCGAUCCGACCACAAGUUGCAGGCCGGUGCGCAAUACAUGGCUCUCCACAUGCUGAAUCUCCUUGGGCUUACCUCUCAGACCGAUAUUGAAUUCAAGUGCACCUCUAUAUUGGAUCUUGUCCGCCGAGCCGACGCAACUGAUGCGAGGGAUAAGAUUUACAGCAUACUCGGCCUGUUGGAUCCGGCUAUCUCCACAGGUGUCACACCGAACUACUUGCUUUCAGUGCAGCAAGUCUAUACGAACUUUAUGAAGUCUGUCAUCAAUGCAUCGAAAAAACUAGACCAUGUCGUCACUAGAGAUAUCUCAGCUGAACAAGGGUGGCCCUCAUGGGUACCUGACUUGAGGAAGCCAUAUCAACGCCACUACCUCAAACAUUCCCCAUACCACCUAGCGAGCAGAAACAUACCUGCUAGAUUCAGGUUUAUCGAGGAACAAAAGGGUCGUACCUAUCUUGCAUGCAGUGGAUUCCAAGUCGAUACAGUCGAUGGUAUCGCAGCCGAGCCGACUCUGGAUUCUCAUGCUACGCAACCAGAGGUCAAACACGCCCAGCAAUCGAACGCACCUUGA